UCGAUCAUAUUCCUGUUUUCCUACCGGUCGUCGUACUAUAGCCAAUACUAUAGCUUUGAAAGAAGGGGCCUAUUAAAAAUUUUUAUUUUUCAUUUUUGGCAUAAUGACUGACGACAUAGCGGUUGUAGGAUUUUCCUUUAAGCUCCCUCAAGAUGUCAACGACGUCUCUAGUUUGUGGGAGGUCCUCGAGAACAGGAGGAACCUGAUGACCGAGUGGCCAGAGAACCGGAUAAAGAGUGGCUCAUUUGAAGCAAGUAAGGAGGGUAACGUCCGCUGCCGAGGAGGACAUUUUAUUACAGAAGACCCUGCGUUGUUUGACGCACCGUUCUUCUCAGUGACCGCAAAGGAGGCGGCUUCCAUGGACCCAUUGCAGCGAUGGACUCUUGAAGCAGCUUAUCAUGCUUUUGAAAAUGCUGGAAUACCACUCGAACAGCUUAAAUCCUCACGCUGCGGCGUAUACUCCGCUUCAAUGACGGAUGACUACAAGAGGAUGACCGGACAGGAUCCCGAUAAUUUACCUCGCAUGGCUGUCACAGGAACCUUCGAAUCAAUCCUGCCCAACCGUGUCAGCUGGUAUUUUGACUUACAUGGACCCAGUAUCCAUAUAGACUCGGCUUGUUCGAGCAGUUUGUUAGCUCUAGAUUUUGCUUGCCAGGCUCUUCGAACUGGUGAAGCCACGACUGCAAUUGUUACCGGGACCAAUUUGAUCAUUGGUCCUGCUUUAUACCAGAUGUUAUCCGCGCUUAAUUUCUUAUCGCCAGAUAGUCGUUGCUACAGUUUCGACCACCGAGCCAAUGGCUAUGCUCGAGGAGAAGGUGUUAUUGCCCUCGUCGUCAAACCACUAUCAGACGCUGUGCGAGAUGGUGAUAUGAUUCGGGCAGUUAUUAGGUCGACUAGUACGAACCAAGACGGACACACGCCAGGUCUUACACAACCCAGCCCUCAGGCGCAAGAAGAUCUUAUAAGACAGGUUUACAAAAAGGCAAACCUGCCUCUCGAUGUUACUCGCUAUCUUGAGGCUCACGGCACUGGAACUCCAGUUGGUGACCCGAUUGAGAUGAAAGCUAUCGGAAAAGUUUUCAGAACGAGUCGUUCUCCCGAAGAUCCCCUUUAUGUUGGCUCUAUUAAAUCUAAUAUCGGUCAUCUGGAAGCUGGUAGCGGUUUGGCUGGCCUUUUGAAGACGAUAUUGAUUCUUGAAAAGGGUAUAAUUCCAGGAAAUGCCAACUUCGAAAAGAUGAACCCCAAGAUUGACGCAGACUUCUACAACAUCAAGGUACCAACCGAAAGCGUGCCUUGGCCAACCGAGGGUGUGCGCCGCGCUUCAGUUAAUUCCUUUGGGUUUGGAGGAACAAAUGUACAUGUAGUUGUUGACGACGCAUUACAUUACUUACAAGAACGAGGGCUACGUGGAAACCACUGCACCAGUCUGCCGCACAAGUCGAUCACGAAUGGUGUUACCAAUGGCACCAACGGUACCAACGGUGUUAAUGGCACUAACGGCACCAAUGGUGCUACCAAUGGCAAUGGUGCAAAUGGUCACCAUUCCAAUGGACACCAUGCGGAAGCUGGAUCGAAACUUCUGGUUUGGUCUGCAUCAGAUGAAAAAGCACUUAAGCGGAUGGUUGGAGACUACCAGACCUUCUACGAGGAUCAAAUCUCCGAUAGUCCGAGCAAACUCGACGACUUAGCGUUUACAUUAGCCAACCGCCGAAGUCAUAUGCUCUGGCGGGCAUUCGCCGUUGCCGGCAACGGCGAACAGGAUGUGAAACUCACAACCGCCAAACCAGUUCGAAGCUCGACCGACGCCGGGUUAGCGUUCGUAUUCACGGGCCAGGGAGCACAAUACGCCAAUAUGGGCUCAGAUCUUCUCGAGUUUCCGUUGUUUAAGAAGACGCUACAGGAGAUUGACGAGAUAUACAAGAGUCUAGGAUGCCAAUGGUCGUUAUUUGAUGAGCUUCACAAUAAAGAGAAUAUUGAUAAACCCGAGUGUAGUCAGCCCUUGUCGACGGCUGUUCAGUUAGGGUUAAUCGAGUUACUGAAGAGUUUUGGCGUUAUUCCCAAGGCAGUGGUCGGACACUCGUCUGGUGAAAUCGCGGCAGCCUAUGCGAUUGGAGCACUAUCGUUACUCGCAGCUUGUAAAGUAUCUUAUUUCCGAGGUCAGCUAGCUGGACAACUUAGAGCCACGAGCUCUACUCCGGAGGCUAUGAUAUCAGUGAAUCUCCCUGAAGAAGAGGUGCAAGGUUAUCUCCAGAAGAUUAGCGACGAGGUCGCGUCCCAGAUUAACAUCGCCUGUAUUAACAGUCCGUUAAACUGCACACUUUCUGGAAAGGAGAGCGCCAUCGACAUCGCGAAAGAGCAGCUCGACAAAGACGGCAUCUUUGCUCAGAAGCUUAAGACUGGCGUUGCGUAUCACUCCCCUUCUAUGUCUCAGAUUGCGGACGAGUAUAUACGCAAGAUGGGAUCCCUUGAUGAUGGCAAUCUCAAGGGAAUUAGAUCAUCAAUCCCGAUGGUCUCGUCUGUCACUGGCAAGCCCGUGAAGCCGGCUUCAUUGGCGACUCCCCAGUACUGGGUCGAUAAUAUGGUUUCUCCCGUCAGGUUUUCUGAUGCCGUCGAGCUUCUGACACAGAAGACAUCGACAUUAAAGGUAGGGUUAGGGAAUAUUACUGAUCUAGUUGAGGUUGGCCCUCAUCCAGCGCUGCGCCGACCAGUCCAAGACACUCUGGCGAAGCUCGGAAAGAAGAAGGAACAAACACGGUACAGCUACGUUCUUCACCGAUCUCAUUCUGCAGUUCAGACUACCCUCGAACUUGUCGGCCAGCUUUUCUGCUACGGACAUGCAGUCUCCAUCUCAGCAGCAAACCAACAGACUGACAAGGAGUCUCAUCGCUUCUUGGUCAACUGUCCGAAGUAUCCCUUCGACCACUCGAAGGCGUACUGGUCCGAGUCCCGUCUGAGUCGAGACUUCAGAUUACGCGAGAGCACCAAGGGCGAGACCUUAGGAGCAAGGUUCUUCGAUUGGAACCCGCUCGAGCCCAGGUGGAGGAACUUCCUCAGCGUCGAGACUACGCCUUGGAUUGGAGAUCACGUCAUCAGUGGAACUACACUCUACCCUGCUGCAGGAAUGUUGGUAAUGGCGAUGGAAGCCGUACUACAGAUUCAGCCUGACAACCGCGUAGUAUCAGGAUACUACGUGAAGGAGGCUAACUUCAUGAACCCUAUUGUCGUCAAAGAGGCCUGGGAAGACAGAACAGAGACCAUGCUUCAUCUACGACCGGUACAGAGACCAUACGAAAAGGAAUCUACCUGGUCCGAUAUCACGAUAUACGCGUAUUACGAUAGCCGGUGGACUGAGUGUUUCAAGGCCAGCGUCCAAGUCGAGUUUGAAGAUCCCGCUCAAGUCGACAUCCGAGAAGAGCGCCGCCAGGCCCACAAGAAAGUUGCCGAUAGGUUCCUGGAAGCGCAAGCCGCGUGCACGAGGCCUGUUGACUCCCAUGUAUUCUACGACGAUGCUACGGAGCAUGGCUUGGCGUACGGAGAGGCAUUCCAAGUACUCGAAGACAUCCGAUGGGACGGUAAAGCAGACACCGUCGCCCGUGUCGAUAUGUCAAAGUGGAAGACGACUAGUCUUGUUCACCCUGUGGUUUUGGACUCUGCUUUCCACGCCUUACGUGUCAGCACUACAUCGGGCCUAGACCUAUCCAAUGCCACGAACGUUCCCGUCCGAUUAGUAGAUGGUUGGUUCUCGCAGACCGGAUGGCAACAACCUGAGACGUCUUCGGUCAAGUGGUUUGCGACAUCCGAAGUUAAGGGUGGCCGGGAGAGCGAUGAAGGUUCUAUCUACGCCAUCGCGGAUAACGGAUCUGUGCUGUGCACGAUGGGCAGACUAGUAACUGGAGUUGUGUCGAGGAGGAACGAGGGAGACCAGUCUGGUAAAAAGCUAUUGUAUAGCAUCGAAUGGAAACCUCAACUAAGCCUGAUCGACCCAAAGCAGCUGGAAUCUGCGGUCGACGCUGACACUUUCGUCAGGGAUGAAGCCACAAUGUUGCUUCACCAUCAGAAGCUGACCCUUGUUCUGGACAAGGUCGUCUCAAAGACCUUGAAAUUGCUGUCUGGUGAAAAGGGCGAGAAGGUCCCCGAAAGCCAGAAGAGGCAUGUGGAAUGGCUAAAUUAUCAUAUCAAGUCCGUUUCUCCCGAGCGGAUAGCUGAAGAUAUAAGCGAAGAAGAGCUUGAGGUUCUAUUGAAAGAAAUCGAGGAUCUUCACCCACCGUGGAAGCUACACACAACGGCAGUCCGUCGUCUAGCUGAUAUCCUCACGGGCGAGGUUGACCCCUUAGAAGUUAUCUUCGAUUCCAACUUGGCGGACGUGUUCUACGCGGACAUGUUUGAACACGUGUGCGACCAUAGGAUGCUGAAGUUUUUGGACUUGGCAACCCACGAGAACCCCAACCUCCGUAUCCUCGAGGUCGGCGCCGGAACUGGUGGUAUGACGUCGCGAGUCAUUGCGGCCCUGACCGAACUCGAGAAGAAGAGCGGCUCGCUUAAGUUUGCGGAGUACACAUACACUGACGUAUCGCCUGCUUUCUUCGAAAGGGCCAAAGCUAAAUGGGAGGACUACAAAGAGCGAAUGACCUUCAAGUCAUUUGAUAUGAAGCGUAGCGCUGAAAGCCAAGGCUUCGAGCUAGGCUCUUACGACUUGAUCAUUGCCGGAAGUGUCCUGCAUGCUACGGAGGAUUUGAUCGCUACGAUGAAGAAUGUGCGCAGCACGCUCAAGCCCACUGGCCAUCUCUUGCUCCUCGAGGUCAUUGCACCUGAAGAUGUGGUCACAAACUUCACAUUCGGUCUCGUGCCCGGAUGGUGGGGUCGCCGAGAAGAGUGGCGAGGCUUAUCCCCUGCCAUCCCCGAGAAGCAGUGGGACGACGUCUUGAAAUGGACGGGAUUCAGCGGAAACGACCUUGUCCUGAGAGAUUACCAAAGCGAUGCCUGCCACAUCUUCAGUAUCAUCGUCUCAAGGGCUGCGGAGGAAGCUCAAGAAGCCCCCUCUACUAAGCCUGGACCUGUCCUUAUUGUCGAUAGCCAGUCGGAAGAACAAACCGAGAUCGCCAACUUGAUCCACAGUAGCAUCGUCAAGUCCCAAGAUCAGCAGGCUCGCAUUGUAACUCUCGACCAGGUUGCUACUGCAGGCCUUUCCAAGGACGAUACUGUCAUAUGCAUUGCUGAGAUGAACAAGCCUUUCCUCGCGGCACUCUCCGAAGAAAAGUUCAAGCUGAUCCAAGAACUCCUAAAGCACGUAAUUUCUCUAUUAUGGGUUACGUUAACAAGCCUGGAAGACGAAAAAUACUCUGAGUAUGGUAUCAUGAGCGGAUUCUUACGAUCUAUCCGGCACGAAGAAAGUGAAAAGCACAUUGUCACGGUCGCGAUCGAGUCUCAAGGGGAAACCAAGGAACAGCACGCGCAAUAUGUCGCUAAGGCGUACAAGGCGGCCUUCGAAUCGCAAACCGCGGAGCUGGAAUAUAUCGUCCGCAAGGGCCAGCUCACUACAGGUAGGGUUGCGGAAGACGUGUCCGGCAACGAGACCCUCCGGGCUCUCCUUUACCCACGGAUCCAAGAGAAGCCUUUCUCGGAAGGACCAGCACUGAAGCUUGCCAUCGGCGAGACGGGGACACUGGACGGCCUACAGCUUGUAGAGGAUGUCGCGCGGGAAGCUGAACUCCUCCCGCACGAGGUAGAGAUCAAGGCCAAGUCUUGGGGCCUGAACUUCAGAGAUGUCCUCUGCGCCUUGGGCCGCUUGAAGGAUAAUGAAUUGGGUGUCGACUGCGCUGGUGUUGUGACUAGAGUAGGUCCCGACACCGACCCAGAGAUCCGACCAGGCGAUAAGGUGUGUAUGAUCUCGAUCGACUGCAUGCGGACACACCCACGCGCUUCGGACAAGGCCGUCUUUAAGAUUCCCGAAGGCCUGUCCUUCGAGGUCGCCACAUCGGUCCUCGUUCCUGGUAUGACAGCCUAUUACGCCAUGGUCGAUAUCGCUCGUGUUCGCAAGGGAGACAAGGUCCUUAUUCAUUGCGCCGCUGGCAGCACUGGGCAGAUGGCGACCUGGAUUGCGAAGUCUAGGGGAGCCGAAAUAUUUGCUACCGUCGGCUCUCAGGCGAAGCGACAAUUCCUGAAGGAUACCUUCGGCAUUCCUGACGACCACAUCUUCAACAGCCGAAACACUUCUUUCGCCCAAGGAAUCUUGAGAGUGACCAACGGAUACGGCGUUGAUGUAGUCCUCAACUCGCUCUCAGGAGACAGCCUGCGGGCAACUUGGGAGUGCAUGGCGCCGUUCGGUCGUUUUGUGGAGAUUGGUGUGCUCGAUAUCAAGGCCAACUCGGGACUACCCAUGGCUGGCUUCGCCAGAAACGUCAGCUACUCGGCUAUAGACUUGCGCUACGCCAUCCUCAAUAACCAAGACUUGACUUUCGACCUCCUAAAAGCCACCCUCGGCCUCUUGAACGAGGGCUCUGUGAAGCAUCCCGGCCCGAUACAUGUCUACCCCGUGUCGAAGGUCGUGGAAGCAUUCCGGUUCCUCGGGGACGGAAAGAAUAUCGGGCGUGUCAUUCUUGACGUCGCGCCCAAUGACGUGGUCCCGCAACUCCUUGUUGAACGACGAACAUGGAAGUUCGACGAGAACGCUUCUUAUGUGAUUGCUGGAGGAUCUGGCGGUCUUGGUCGUGCGACCAUCAAAUGGAUGGCCGACAGGGGCGCGAAGCAUGUGAUUGUCCCGUCGAGGUCGGGCAGUUCGAAGCCAGCGCUCGCCGGGCUCAUCUCGGAGUUGGCAAAGCGCGGCGUCAACGUGUACGCCCCCGCGUGCGACGUAUCUUCGACCGAAUCUGUGAAGAAGGUACUCGAGGAAGCUUCUCGCAUGAUGCCGCCUGUCAAGGGCUGCAUCAACGCUGCUAUGGUCCUCCAAGACGCCGUGUUCGACAACAUGACCUUCGCCCAGUGGGACCUCACGAUCAAGUCCAAGGUGCACUCGGCCCUGGUAUUACAUGAGUUACUACCCAAGGACCUGGACUUUUUUAUCCUCUUAUCUUCCCUGAACGGUGUGUGCGGAGCGUUAGCCCAAUCCAAUUACGCGGGUGGUUGUUCGUUCCAAGACGCGCUGGCGCGGUAUCGCGUUGCCCACGGCCAAAAGGGAGUUUCCAUCGACAUCGGUUGGAUGAGAAACAUCGGAAUCGUCGCAGAGACGCAGGCAUACCAACGUCAACGAAAGAGCUGGGAUGAUAUGCAGAAGAUCGACGACACGGAAUAUUUAGCACUUUUGAGCGUGCUCUGCGACCCGUCCGAGCCUGUCCCUUCGCCGACCGGCAGCCAAGUUCUUUUCGGUCUGCGCACACCGGCUGACUUCCUAGUCAAGAACCAGCCGGUCCCGGCUUUACUAACCAGGCCAUUGUUCUCCCCCUUCUCUCACGUCGUCGGAGAGGCUAAGAGCGCUUCGAAGGAUGUCGGUGUAGACUCGGCUGCCCUCUUCAGAGACGCAACGGAUACUAGCGAGCGUAUCCAGAUUGUCAUCAGCGCACUGACUCAGAAGCUAGCUCGUUCCAUGGCCAUCUCAGCCGACGACGUGGAGCUCAACAAGCCUCUUUCAAGUUACGGUGUUGACUCCCUGAUGGCGGUCGAGUUGCGUAACUGGAUCGGCAGAGAUUUCCAGGCGAGCGUGGCUGUUUUUGAUAUCAUGGGCAACGUGCCAAUUUCAGCUAUCGGAGACUUGGUUGUGGCCAGGAGCAUCAUCGGAAAAAGCCAGUAGUGUGUAGAAGCACGGGCGAUAGAUUAUGGGUUAACAGGAGUUGUUCAUGUGUAUAUUAGCGUUUUGGGGCCAGGUUUUCACUCAUGAUGCACUCAAUAUUAUCUAUUCUUACCCCUUAAAGCUUCUCUUGUAAGCUCGUUAGGCACUCUUAAAGCAAUACCUAAGGUAAUAAGACUGAUUCCACCAGUGCCUGAGAUGUCUAUCUAUCGUGCUUAUACUUGACUUAGAGUAAGAAUAUAUGCUUUGUUGCUAGGGAUAUGAGGAUACGUGGAUACAGCAGGGGUCUAUUGUCUAUAUAAAUGGUAGCCAUCUCCCUCGAAGGAGGUGAGAGGGCUACCUAGGCGUUACAAGAUCUCUACAAUAG